UACUCCGUCUUCAUCGGCCUCGUUGUCGUCGUCGCGCUUUGCGUAGCGUCUUGGUUCCUCUCUCCCAAGGGCGAGAAUCAAGUCCUGUGGCGUUCUUCCCUCAUCCUCUCCGUCGUAAGCUGCUAUCUCAUGUGGGCUAUUACGUUCCUCGCCCAGCUUCACCCCCUCAUCGAACCCCGAAAAGCCCUGAGCGAGGAAUUCUGGGAGCAUUAG